AGUUCCCAAUCCCACUACUCUCUCUCUCACUCCUUUUGAAGCUUCUCUCUCUUUUCCGCAGGGAUUCCCUCCUAAUUUUCUGGGGAUUAUCCGAAGUUUCCGCUGCAGAAAGAAACUCAUCGGCAUUGCCAUUUUCCUCUCACUCUCAAAGGGAAUUCCUGUUUCACUCACCACAUUCAACAUUUUAGAGCAUUUUCCCCUGUUUGUUUCCAUGGAAAAACUCAUUUGCAUGUUCCCUUUGAUUCUUCUUCUGUGUUCCCCUUUUGCUUUCGCUGGCCAUGACUACGGUCAAGCUCUUAGCAAGAGCAUUCUCUUCUACGAAGCUCAGAGAUCUGGUGUUCUUCCCUCUCAUCAGAGAGUCACUUGGAGAUCCCAUUCUGGUCUUCAAGACGGAAAAGCAAGCGGGGUGGAUCUUGUCGGUGGGUACUAUGAUGCAGGGGACAAUGUCAAGUUUGGGUUACCCAUGGCAUUCACCGUUACAAUGUUGUCUUGGAGCAUCAUUGAAUACGGCAAACAAAUGUCUUCUAGUGGUGAGCUUGGUCACGCCAUGGAAGCUGUGAAAUGGGGUACUGAUUACUUCAUCAAAGCUCAUCCUGAACCCAAUGUUCUCUACGGAGAGGUAGGAGACGGGAACACUGACCAUUACUGUUGGCAAAGGCCAGAGGACAUGACUACAGACCGCCGCGCUUACAGGAUCGAUCCAAGUAAUCCCGGGUCGGAUCUCGCCGGAGAAACUGCCGCCGCCAUGGCCGCCGCGUCCAUUGUUUUCCGCCACUCUAACCCUUCAUAUUCUAGCGUACUCCUCCGCCAUGCUUACCAGUUGUUUGAUUUUGCGGACAAAUAUAGAGGCAAAUAUGACAGCAGCAUUACAGUGGCUCAAAAGUACUACAGAUCCAUCAGUGGUUACAAUGAUGAAUUGCUCUGGGCUGCUGCGUGGUUGUACCAAGCAUCUAACAAUCAAUACUACCUUGAUUACCUUGGUAGAAAUGGUGACUCCAUGGGUGGAACUGGUUGGGGCAUGACUGAGUUUAGUUGGGAUGUCAAAUAUGCUGGAGUUCAGACUCUUGUUGCCAAGUUCCUUAUGCAAGGCAGAGCUGGCCUUCAUGCACCGGUAUUUGAGAGAUAUCAGCAGAAGGCUGAGAAUUUCAUGUGUUCGUGCCUUGGAAAGGCUAAUAAAAAUGUUCAGAAGACUCCCGGUGGCCUCAUUUUCCGCCAGAGAUGGAACAACUUGCAGUUUGUCACCAGUGCCUCAUUCUUGGCCACUGUCUACUCUGACUACCUUACUUCUUCUGGUGGACACUUGAGAUGUGCUGCUGGCAAUGUUCGUCCUGUUGAGCUUCUCUCCUUUGCCAAGUCUCAGGUGGACUACAUUCUUGGGGACAACCCUAGAGCUACAAGUUACAUGGUGGGCUAUGGAAGCAACUUCCCUCAGAGAACUCACCACCGAGGUUCAUCCAUUGUUUCCAUCAAGGUUGACCGUUCAUUUGUCACCUGCCGCGGUGGUUAUGCUACUUGGUAUAGUAGCAAAAGGAGCGAUCCUAAUGUCCUUACCGGUGCUAUUGUUGGCGGUCCUGAUGCAUAUGAUGACUUUGCUGAUGAAAGAAAUAACUAUGAGCAAACAGAGCCAGCAACCUACAACAAUGCUCCUCUAAUAGGUACUCUAGCACGACUAAGUGGAGGUCAUUCCGGGUAUAACCAGCUCCUUCCAGUUGUUGUUCAAGCUCCUAAGCCUGCUGUUACCAAGCAUCAAACAUUUCCCACUCCCAAGACAACUCCAUCUCCAGCUUCAUGGUCAGGCCCAGUUUCCAUUGAACACAAAAUGACCGCCUCAUGGGUUGCCAAUGGAAAGACUUACUACAGAUACUCAGCAGUGGUGACUAACAAAUCCACCAAGAACCUCCAGUCUCUCAACCUUUCAAUUUCCAAGCUUUAUGGCCCGAUCUGGGGACUCACGAAGUUCGGUGAUUCAUACACAUUCCCUUCAUGGAUCAGUUCAUUAUCAGCUGGUAAAAGCCUUGAAUUUGUCUACAUCCAUGCUGCUAAUUCUCCAGCAGAUGUCUCAGUCGCCAAGUACUUAUUGGCCUGAGAAUGAUCAAGUUGGUUUAACCGUUUAAGUCACGAGGGAACGGUCCACUGGUGUGUGUAAGACUGUGUAGCCAUACAAAAUGUGCAGUGCGAGAGGUUAUUUUAUCUUCCUUUUCCAUUUCUGGUGUCAAAUCUUCUUCUGCUCUUGUGUAUUUUGCAUUUCAUUAGGUUAGAUAAAAAUAGGUAGAUUAUAUAAGAUGGAAGGACCGGGGCGGAAGGGAGUGAAGAGACAAGAAGGGAGUGCUCAUCCUCUUUCUUCUCCAGUUUACAACUUAUAUACAGUGUGUGAUACAAGACAGACAGUGACAGCAAUUGCUGAGAGGUUUAAAAAAAUGAACUUCUCAAUAUUUCAGAGAAGAGUCAUCACUUGUAUUUUUCAACAGCUUUGGAUGUCUUUUCUGUGUGGUAAUGUUGUAAGCUUUGCAGCAUUUUGUACUCUGCAAAUACCAGUUUGUGCUAUAUAGUAUUAUGUUUUCGUGCAA